UAAGCUAAACAAUAUGAUAGAAAUGUCACCACCAUCUUGCUCUUUCAUAUUUGGAGUUGUUCUCUUGUUUUUAUCAGUAUUUUCAUUUACAAAUAUUCAUGCUCAUCAUUGCACUGAAGGAUUCUUGUCAGAAGCGAACCAGAGAAAUCUAACUAUAACAUUUUGCAAGCGAUAUAAAGAAAGCAAUGCAGUCGAAAUAGCGAUGGAUCUACGCGAAAAGUCUCGAAGACUUGACGUAAUGGUGGGAGCUAAGUUAAAGGAAAAAACGGGGUGGCUAGCCUGGGGUUUGAACCCUGGUUCAGAAGCUAGAAUGGUUGGGACACAAGCUCUCAUAGGUAUCAAGAACAUGAAUGGGGAAUUACUUUGGGAUAAAUACAACAUCACAAGGUUUACCAAGAUAGGUUGUCAACUCUUGCCUUCUGCCAUUGACUUGAUCAUAAGCAAUUCCAGUUUCAAUUUCAGUUACAUUGAACAUCUUCAGUAUUAUGUCAUACAAGCAACUAUUGUUCUUCCACUGAAAUAUGAUGUGUCGAGAUUAAAUCAUGUGUGGCAAGUUGGAGUUGAUGUGGCAGAAGGAAAGGAACCAAAGAUGCAUCCUAAAGAACUAAGGAAUUAUGAUAGCACUGAGACAAUUAACUUGAGGAUUGGCAAAGGUCGAGGCAAUAGAGUUCAUGCAUCUUCUCGAAUAAGAAAAGUUCAUGGGAUAUUAAAUAUUAUUGGGUGGGGUACAUUGCUACCUAUUGGUGUGAUCAUAGCAAGGAAUUUCAAAGAGUUUCCAUUACGUUGUCCGAGUUGGGAAAAAUAUCAUAUUAUAUGCCAAAGUGUUGGAUACAUUGUGGGUUCAACUGGCUGGGCUGUUGGAAUAUGGCUUGGUAGAACAUCCAAAUAUUACUCCUUUUCCACACAUGGAACUUUUGGCAUCUUCAUUUUCACUUUUGCAACCCUACAAAUGCUGGUUUUCAUAUCAUUUAAACCGGGCGUUCGUGCCGAAUUUCGUACGUAUAGGAACAUGUUCCAUCAUGUUGUUGGAUAUUCAUUACUCGUUGUGAGUAGUAUCAACAUAUAUAAAGGGAUAAGCAUAAUGCAGCCGGAUGAUCCGCACUUGCUACCUAUUUAUUUCGGAAUAGCUGGUUGCCUGGCUUUCAUCUUUCUAGUCUUUGAAAUUGUAUCUUGGUACAGAUUUUUGCGUGUAAAGUUUGAUCUUGGGAUUCUAUGUGAAAAGAACUAACCAAACACGGAAGCAAAUUCAAGAAAAUCUUCAAGAGAAGAUGGCAAAGUUCAGCCUAGCGAUACACCUAAAAACAACUAAGAGACACCAAUACAGAAGCAACAAGGCAGUUGCUGCCGUUUAUGGUAUAGUACGUGUUUGCAGGGUCGGAGGUAGAGGGGUGCAAGGGCGUUCAAUUGAACACCCUUCGUUGGAAUAUUAUACUACUAUAUAAAUAGGUUAAAAAUAAUAUUUUUUCCAUUUAUAAAAGUUGUUGAAUCCUUUUAAUGUAAGAAUACUUUUUUUGAAUCCCUUUGUUUAAUUCUUGGCUCCGCCACUGUGUGUUGGACCAUUUACUCGUUUCCUUCUGUUUUGGCUCGAUUCUAUUCUGUUUUGUCCUAUUGUAAGUUUCUGUUUGGAGCCUUUUUUUUUUUUUUUUUACAUCUUUUGGUGUGGUAGAAUGCAUAUUUUCUUGGCAAAGUCUUCUAUCUAUAUAUUCUGCAGGUGAUGUAAUUAUUUUUUGGACUAAAAGCUUAUCCAAAAAAUAAUUAUCUGAAGAGUAGUGUCAUAAUCCAAAAUCUCCCAAAAUGACUCUCAUCGUAGCUUUAGAUUGGUAUAGGGGAUACCAACCAAAAAAAAAAAAAAAAACCAAUAAUUAGGACGCUCUCUUCUCUCUCCUCUCCCAUGCAAACCCUAACCCUAACGUAGUCACAUGGUGGCACCACCUACUGGCCAGCCGUCAACGGCGGUUGGCCAGCCUUUGGAUAUCGCAUUAUCAUCAAACUUCCCACCUCUACCAUCAAUGACACUCCCCGCUAACAACCCUACUCACCCACUUCCUACUA